CGCCCCCUUAAAUAAGGGGGCGUGGCUGGAUACUAUCGACUGAUCAGAGCGCCUGUUUCUACUGCAUAUCAACUGUUUAAUAACUGGACACUGCGUGCAUGCUGUGAUCAUGGACACAGAACUGGACCAAAAUAAGCAAAAGUUUGGAGUGGCUGGCUCGUGCUCUGAAGACCCUCUCUCUGACACUGACGAUGGUGGAACUGUGGCUCUACUCAGACCAGAUAACAGUGAGGACUUGGCCGGGAAGGACGGAGACAUCUCAUCAGACAAUGCCCCCUCCCCCACCACCACCUAUUACUGUGGCUGUGGACCAUGGAAGCCGAGGUGGCUUCAAAGUAUUGUCUCGCCCAAACUCUUCACGGCCCUUCUCUGUACUUAUAGUCUCAUCGAGGGCACUGUUGUCAGUGGCUACAGGAGUGUGGUGAUCUCAAGCAUUGAGAAACGGUACCACUUCUCCAGCAUAGCAGCCAGCAUUAUCCUAGCCAUGUUUGACAUUGCAGUCAUUCUCUCGGUCGUCUUCAUCAGCUACUUUGGCCACAAGUCUCACAAACCACGAAUCCUCGGUAUUGGCCUCAUUAUCCACGGAAUAGGAGCACUCAUAAUGUCCUUGCCACAGUUUUUGUUUGGAGGGUACGUGAUUGGUUCUAACUCUAACUUCCACCUGGAAUCAUGCAAUGCACACGCUGAAGGCUCUACCUGUGACCCUGCCAACGUUGCAGCAUAUGUUUUCUUUCUCGUGGGAGAUUUUAUACUCGGAAUAGGAGCUGCUCCUCUGUUCACCGUGGGAACAUCGUUCAUCGAUGAUAUCGUUCACCCAAAGUACGUCUCCAUACACUUGGGAAUUUUCUAUGCCAUGGCGAUUGUGGGACCUGCCAUUGGGUAUGGACUGGGGGGCGCAUUUUUGUCUGUGUUUGUCGACCCCAUGGAAUCGACCAACCUUGUCCAGACGGACCCAGGGUGGGUGGGGGCCUGGUGGCUCUGUUUCCUGACCGUCGGUGUGGUAGCUAUUCUUUUUUCAAUACCAUUUCUUAUGUUCCCACGUCUGCUGCCCGAUAGCCAUCUCAUCAUGGAGGCAAGAAAGAAGGAAAUGGUCGUUCAAUAUACGAGCAAGCACAACGAAGAGAGAACAUUACUAGGACAACUGAAGACUUUUCCAGCCCACCUUAAGAAACUGUUCUCUAGUUGGACUUGGUUAUUUUUAACGAUCGCUAUAUCGUGUGCUUUCUUUUCCCUGGAUGGAAUGAUUGCCUUUGGCCCUAAAUACCUCGAGGCUCAGUUUGGUUUGACCUCUUCUGCUGCCAGCCUAACACUGGGGGCCAUUGCCAUACCCACCGGUGGGGUGGGCGUGUUGAUUGGUGCUGUGAUGGUCUAUCUUGUCAAGUCCAAGCCCAAAAGAGUGGCCAUGAUUAACUGGGUCGUCACUGUCAUUGCGGUGUUCCCUGCAGUAGGAGCUUUCGUCGUCUCAUGUGUCAAUCUCCCCAUUCCAGGAAUCGAUACUCCAUACGCCAUCAGCUCCAUCAGCAACUCCAGUGAUGUACUACUAGCCUCAUGCAAUGUUGACUGCAACUGUUCCUCCACCAUCUUUGAGCCAGUCUGUGGAGCUGAUGGUCUGACCUACUUCUCACCGUGCAGAGCUUCUUGUGACAGAUAUUACCUCAAUGGAGAUGACACUCUGCCAAGGUUUGAGAACUGCUCUUGUGUAGCAGACAGCCUCAACAUGACAACCAAUGCAACAGCUGUAUCUGGCGAGUGUGCUGGGGACUGUCACACUCUACCGUUGUUUCUGCUAUUCAUUGGAAUAUUCCUAUUACUCAUCUUUACUCUCAAGAUACCGACUGUCAUCAUCACCAUUAGGAGUGUAGCUGAUGAGCAGAGAACACUGGCACUGGGAGUUCAGUCGGUCAUGUUCCGAGCAUUCGGUUCCGUUCCUGGACCUCUCGUUUUCGGUUCCAUAUUCGAUUCCGCUUGUGUCUAUUUUCGUCACGAGUGUGGCGUGCAAGGAAACUGCUGGGUAUAUGAUAACCACCUGCUCAGCGUUAGAGCCAUUGCACUCGGUGCUGUAGGACUAUCCGCUAACUUUGCAUUCUCGCUACUAGCCUGGAUAGUGUACCCGAAACAGCCUCUGACAUCUCUUACAUCACAAACUAACGAGACAGUACGAUUUGUCGAGUUGAUGGAUCAAGAUCAAGAUCUAGUGGAAGAUGCAGCUCUGGAAAAUGACCCAUUAGAACUGAAUGAACCUAAUCAUGUAGAAGAUAAAUUUGAUACUGAGCAAACAAAUGUGUAGGCACUGUACCAUGUGUUUAUUUCUUCAUUGUAUUUUUAUUGACAUUGCACUUUAUUGAUUUGCACUGCUUGCAACGCUUCAUAUAAUAUAAGAAA